GUCUAUGCUUAAACAGAAAAUUGAAUUUUUAUAGAAGGACUAAAGUGCAAUUAGGGGCGAUGAAACCAUUGGAUCCUCUUCUUGUAGGGUUUCAACUUUCUUCUUUGUGAAGCAAUUAUUCAUUCAGUAUACAAUCGAUCAAUCAUGCGUCCGGUGUAUGACUUCUCUUUCAGUCGUGCUAGAUCCGGUACACUUUCCUUCUAUGCUCGUCGUCGUCCAUGGAGAGAGCUAUUGGCCCACCCCUCUUCCUAUACCUUACCCAUUUCUAUCACCGAUUUCGCAUCUCGGUUCAAGAGAAACCUCUUCUACUUUCGGGUCAACUAUGCCAUGGCUGUAUUGGUUAUACUCUUCUUAAGCCUUUUAUGGCAUCCGAUAUCAAUGAUUGUCUUCAUAAUUGUCUCUGUCGCUUGGUUUUUCCUAUACUUCCAUCCCGAUGAACCGUUGAUGGUUUUUAGCCGUAUGAUUGAUGAUAGGAUUGUUCUGGUUGUUCUCGGAGUUGUUACGGUGGUGAGCUUGGUGCUUACUAGCGUUUGGUUGAAUGUGUUGGUUUCGAUUUUGGUAGGGAUGGUGUUAAUUCUUUUGCAUGCAACGUUUAGAAUUACAGAGGAUUUGUUUCUUGAAGAGGAUGAGGCUGCGGAUGGUGGAUUGCACUCUUUUGUUGGUACCUCCGUAUGAUAUGAAGCUAAAAUAUGAACAAAUCUGGAAAAUGUAGCCAAAUGUUACUGUUAAAUUGAAGCAGAAGGAGCAAUGGGUUUUAAGGGCAUUAAGCUAGUCCAAAAUUUAAAGCUUUAUUCUACCGCCGUGAAUGGCUCUUGUUUACAUUUUUCCGGCAAUCAAAUGGAGAAAUGAGACACAAAUUAUUUGGAAUGGUUCGUUGUAUUAUCUGCUUCUGUUAUCUAGUUAUGACUGAACUCGUUGGCUCGAUAUACAUUAAGCCAUUAGGUUACUUGAGUUUUUCAUGACAAUCAUAGGUUAUAUGAAUGUCUAUAUCUGUCUCACUAUAUUCAAUUUGAUUUGUAUAGAACAUUGUUCAAAUGUUUUUACGAUCACAA